AAGGAGAGAGAACUCAACCCUGAUGGAGUCCAGCCUACAAUCACGACACCAUAUGCAUUGGGAAACGCCAAGUUUCAGAGCACUUCUGUUUCACUUUUGACUGUCCUGAGGACCGUGCGAAAGAUGGGGAGCACUACCCCUGCCAAAGAAAUGCCCCAUGACAGAGCAGACAUUCUUGAUGCAUAUGGAUCCAUGGAGCAUGUAGGGCUCUUGAACAUUCUGAACAAGCUUGCUGAAGUUCAUCUCCCUCGACACAUUGGAAUCAUUUUUCAGAAAAGUGAGGCAAAGGUAGCCAGAUAUGGAGCAGUGGCAAAGGAGAGUAUUCCAAGGAGAGAGGUUCUUGAGUUUGUCAAAGAUCUUGUGACAAAGCAGUUCUAUACAUCCCUGAAGGAGGGUCUGGCAAGAUACAAUCUGAUUCUUACACAAGUGAAGACAUUUUCCAAUGUGGAAGGAAUUGGGAAUCAUGCAGACUGCUUUCGGGUUUGUGGCUCUCUCAUUGACGCCUGUACAUUGGAUGCCACCCCUGAUUUUGGGAACUAUCACUCUUCUCACCUGAUAUACACUAUGUCAAUCCAGCAUGGUGGGAAGUCUGGAGAGUUCUUUGAGAGGAGAUUGCUGUUCUAUGCAACCUUAAAGUUCAAUAUGCUUCAGGUGAUAAGCAAUGGAAAGCUACCCUGGAGUGUUUAUCAUUCCCUGUUAUUGCUGGCAUACAAGGCUCAUGCACUUUCCCAAGCCCUUUCCAUUCAUAACUACCUCUUCAUCAAAGGAGUCAUCAGGCGUUUCCCAUCAGAGAAGGAGAUUCCUCCAGAUGGAACAUGCCCACUUGUGGUGCCAUUCUCCUUGAGAAAAUCUUCAAUUCUCUUCCUUGCAUAUGAUGCAUUUUUCCGAAUGAUGAAGAGAAGACCUGGAGCUUACUCUGAUAAACUGUUGGAGGACAUACGACACAUGAAGUCUGGGCUCCUCAAUAAGCGGAGACUUGAACUCCUUCAUGCAGCUCGUUGUUCCAAGAGAAGAGACUGCCCUCUUUACAAAAUCAAGUUCUGA